UCGUAAAUUGAAAAUUCUUGUCAAAUGUCGUCUUUACUACUAAUUUUAUUUCUUUUGCAGUUGAAAUUUAGUAUUUUACACUUUUCAUGUGACUAUAUAAUUUAAGUUUUGUGUCAGUACCUAAAUACAUAACUAAAAAUGAAGUAAUUAGUGAAAUACCAAGCUCUUGAGUUUGUCAUACAAUAGAUUGUAUCAUAAGCUGUUAACACGGACAAUAUGACGAUAAAUACAUAAACAGCAAUAUGACUGAAAAGGGAUACGAAGGUAAUCAGUCGUCAUCUUCGUGGGAUAUUCCCGGCCCUUCGUCGCUAGCCGCAAUUUUGGACACGGUUUAUACAUCAUCAGCCUCUGAUAAUCCUAGGAGUGAGGACAUGGAGUGUGAAGCACUUUUUGCUGAAAGUGAUGAUGAAGUUGAAGUAUUACCUGUAACAUGUGAAACUGCAGAUACUGGCAGAUGCGAACCAACAUCAAAACCAGUAUCUUCAAAUUAUGUGAAUUCAACCACACCAACACAACCAUAUGACUUAAACAUAUCAGCAAUAGCACCACCUGUAUCAUCACAUACACCUGUUCCUGAAGAAUAUCAACCACUUCCAGAUAGUUCCAGCUCUUUAGAUUACCUCCAACGAAGUAAUUUGCAAAGUGCAAAUAUUAAUGGUCAACAAUUUGCUGAUGUAAAUAUCAGAUACCAACCUAAACCUGUUCCAAUGAACCAACGGGGUUAUUUUUAUCCAAAUUAUCCUCACUAUGGGGCCAGUGUAAGGCCUGCACAUGAUUAUGUUUUUACACCAUAUCAUUCCAAUAAUGUCAUAGUUCUCAGCGAUGAUAGAAAUUAUGUGCGACAACCUAUGUACAACACAAUAGUACAUAAUCAGUCUCAAAAUGAUGAAAAUAACACACUGCGAAGAAACUAUGAUACUUUACAGCCACCUCUCGACAACCACAAUUCUACAAGAAGUCACCACACAGAUGAAAUCCAACAACCCAUAAAUUUGGAGAGGCCUAGUCGCAAGCUUAACAUUUCGCCACGAAGAAGGCAAUCAAAAGAAAAUGAGCAAAAUAUGAACUUAAUAGAAGUUAGCUCAGAAGAAGAGGACAAUGCAUCAGUGCCCAGAAAGAAGCAAUGUGAUAAUGGGGCUGGUCAUUCAACUUCUAGUGCAAGUGCAGAUAUACCAGCAAGAGUUAAUCCUGUCCCAACAAGGCCAGAGAUAAUUAAAAGAGAGCCGAACACAAACAGCGAAAUGGCAUCAAAUGAAAGAGAAGAAAAUACCAAUGGCAAUGCAACAAUUGAGCAUUUCUGUAGCAGGAGAAGAAGUACCAAUAACAACCCCAAUCAUAGGUUUGGACAUCACAAUUGUACUCAAGGAAAUAUACAAGUGAAACAGGAAACUCAGAGUUGUGCUUGUUUUAACAGAACUAAUGGUGGUUGUGGCAAUCAUGGUGUUACUUGUCAUACACAUUCAGUACCAAAUGAAUGUCGUAGACAUGAGUUAAGCCAUUGUAAUCAUCAAAGUGCAUCACAUCAUCAUCAUCACCAUCACCACCACCACCAUCAUCAAUCACACAGGCAAUGCAGUCCACUUAUCAGUGCAAGCACAUCAAACGUUUCUCUAGCUCAAGUAAAGGAGGAACCAGGAUCUCAAACAACCAGUACAGCUUGUAUUAAACAGGAAGUUGAGUCUUCCCCUGGCCAACCAGAAAUACAUCCGUCAGUGAAAGCGUCAGAAGAAACUAGAGUAAAAGUAGAACCAGGAUCUUCUAAUGAUACUGGUACAAGUACAGGUCAUAAUGUUGUGGUCAAAUCUGAGGUAGAACAUUCUAGCAGAUGUUGUGAUGUGAAUGCCGGAGGAGACCGAAGGCUGAAGAAUAGUUCACCUCAACCUGGAACUAGUUCAGGUAGAUCAGCACAAACAGAAGCCAGGCCUUCCUUCAAUUGUGAACAGGAAGCUCAAAGUAAUGAAAGCUCAUCAUCUAUUGCAGUCUUGUCAGCACCUGACUUGCAACUAGACUGGGUGUCAGAUACCAGCUCGGACGAUGAUGUACAAGUACUAGGAGAUGAUAGUAAUCGCGUCGUGAUAGAUUUGACAAGUUCGCCAGAUCGCGAUCCUAGCGCGGAGUAUAAUGACACGUCACCGCCGACGACGGCGCCGUCGCCGCCGCGUCUGUACGAGCCGUGCGCUCAGGAUCCGCCCAAUUAUCGGCAUUACGGACAAAUACCGCACGCGCACCUUAGAAGGUUAGUACUUUACACUUUCCUUUUUCAGGCUGAUUUUUUUGCAGUCAGAUUUUUUUUUAUCAUUGCCCUGUGGUUUAAAAUGUUAUUAAUUAACAAAUAUAUAUAAUUUUUUCAAUUCCAUAUUUCAAUAUUAAAAUUGAUAAUUUAAUUCUUAUUUUAAUAUUUAUUAAAAUUUUCAUAUUACAUAUUAGACAUCUAUUUACUAAACAGAGAGUAAUAAAUCCUACUUGUUAUGUUCAGUUUUUACUCUCAGUUUACUAAAGACGA